CACAGUGAGCUGAGCAGGACCGCAGCAGGGACAGCAGCCACCGGAGCAGCGGCCGCGCUGCUGACUAGCGCAGUUCGGUAUUUCAGUGAGUGACGCGGAGGGCGGGUGUCGGUCGGCUGGUGGCUCCGGUAUGGCGGCCCGGCAGCUGACGGCGCUCUGGCUGCUCUGCGGCACGGCGGCGCUCUGUGGCGCUCAGGAGCCGCGCCGGCUGGCGCUCACUGACCCGUGCACGCUGCGACACACGUGCAGCGAGUGUCUGCAGACGCCUGCCUGCGCCUGGUGCGCCCAGCCGGACUUUGUGACGGCGAGCAACACGUCUGUGCAGCGGUGUAGCCGCGAGCAGGCGUUCCACAGCGGGGAGCUGAGCUGCGCCGCAGAGUAUCUCAGCACCUGGGCCAACCAGGUGACGGUGCUGCGCCACCUGCCGCUGAGCAGCGCGCUGCCCGCCACCACGGCCGCCGACGCCAUCCAGAUCGCGCCGCAGCACGUGCGGCUGGCGCUGCGCGUCAGCGAGCCGCAGCCGGUGGCCGUGCAGUUCGCGCUGGCUCCCAACUACCCGAUCGACCUGUACUACCUGAUGGACCUCAGCAAGUCAAUGGAGGACGACAAGGACAAGCUCUCCACGCUGGGCAACCUGCUGGCGCAGGAGAUGCGGCAGCUCACCUCCAACUUCCGGCUGGGCUUCGGCAGCUUCGUCGACAAGGUGGUGAUGCCCUAUGUCAGCACCGUGCCCAAAAAUCUGGAGCAGCCGUGUACGGGCUGCGCGGCGCCCUACGGAUACCACAACGACCUGCCUCUCACCAGGAGCACCGACCUAUUCGCGACCAAGGUGAGCUCCGCCAAGGUGUCCGGUAACCUGGACGCGCCCGAGGGCGGCUUCGACGCCAUCAUGCAGGCCAUCGUGUGCAAGGAGGAGAUCUCGUGGCGCAGCAACGCGCGCCGUCUGCUCGUCUUCUCCACCGACGCCGGCUUCCACUACGCCGGAGACGGCAAGCUGGGCGGCGUGGUGAAGCCCCACGAUGGCCUGUGUCACCUGGACGCCGCGGGAUCGUACACGCACUCCGAGCUGCUCGACUACCCCAGUGUGUCGCACAUCAACCAGAAGGUGAAGGAGAACAGCAUCAACCUGAUUUUCGCGGUGACGGCCGAGCAGCGUGAGACGUACGACGAGCUGAGCCGCCACAUCGAGGCCAGCUCGGCGGGCACCCUGUCCAACGACUCGUCCAACGUCGUCCAGCUGGUGAAGGAGCAGUACGCAGCAAUUACGUCGUUUGUGGAGAUGAAGGACAACUCCAGUGAGUUUGUGCGCAUCCGCUACUACUCGUCGUGUCUGGGCGGUGGGCCGCCGGAGGAGCGCAGUCGCUGCGACGGACUCCGCAUCGGCCAGCAGGUCAACUUCACCGCCAGCGUCGAG